AUCGGAGCAGAACCAUCUUGGACCUCAUCAAGAAAGUCCGUUGUUUGUUUCUACAUACAAAAGAGGGGAGCGGUGAGUGACGGCGACGGAGAAAGAUGACGGUGUUCCACUUCUUCAACUGCGCGAUCCUCACCUUUGGUCCUCACGCCGUUUACUACUCCGCUACUCCUUUAUCGGAGUAUGAUACUGUUGGCACUUCUAUUAAAGCUGCUCUUGUUUAUCUUGGAACUGCAUUAGUGAAGCUUAUAUGCCUAGCAACUUUCCUCAAGGAACCUGAGACUGACAGCUUUGAUCCAUAUCAGGAAUUGUUGAGAGCGCUUAUUGGGUUUGUAGACGUUGCUGGACUUUAUUUUGCAUUGACACAGUUGACUCACAGAAACAUCUCUCAGAAUCACAAAUUCCAAGCUGUUGGACUCGGUUGGGCUUUUGCAGAUUCUGUUCUGCAUAGACUGGCACCUCUAUGGAUAGGAGCUAGAGGGUUGGAAUUUACAUGGGAAUAUAUAUUGCAAGGCCUUGAAGCAAAUGCAAAUCUGGUGUUUAAUUUAUCUCUUGCUGCACUAGGAUCCUUGAUGUGGCUAAGGAAGAACAAGCCAAAGACUUUGAUUCCGAUUAUUUACGCAUGUGCUGGGAUUCUUGCAACAAUGCCGUCAAUCGUUAGUUACCUGAGAAGAUCCAUGGGGUGGCAAUCCCCCAAGGUGGUGGGUUUCGAACUAUUCUCUUCCUUGAUUAUGGCCUUUAUCAGUUUGCAGCUCUUCUCUGCAUGCCAGAGGCCAUCUUCAUGAAGGAUGCAAACUACAGAGUUAAUUAAUUCAGGAACGAGAGAUGUUGCCCAGUUCACGCUUCUUCAGGCUCAUUCAUUUGGUGAUAAUGUACUAAUGCAGCCUGAUUAGUGCAUUAGACAAUUUGCCACUUGCUACUCCCUGAUUCUACUAUAGCACUCUCACGGUUUUGGACAACCUAUUAAUGUAAUUUUAGUAAAACGAAACUUUAGUCCAAGUAUUUAUAUUAGAUGGUUAGCAAAUGGAACUCUUUAGAGAGUAGUUUUCUUUGUUUGAUUUGGUCCAGGGUCGGAGAGCUUUGUGGUAGUGAAAUAAAUUGUCUAUCAAAAAGGAUUCACUAGGGUAGAGCACGUUGAUGGUAAUUUCUACAUUUUUGGCUUUGUUGCUGACAACUAUUUUUCUAUGCCAUUGGGAAGCAAUGAGAUUCUGCAGCUUAAAUUGUGCUCAUGUACGUACCACAACAAAUUAUGAUCAA